CUAUUCUAAUUUAUUGUAGGAUGCUUAAGUCAAUUUUUUUAAGUAACAAGAACUGAAAAUAAUAAAUKUUAGAGACCAAAAGAGAUAUGAACAUUAUAGCUCUAGUAAACUAUAAGCCAGGUUGAUAAAAAGUGGAGAAGAUGUCGUUUUCAACAUUAUCUGAAUAUAGGAGCUUAUAUCAAUAUUUAGUUCUCAUCUGCCUCAUGAUCAUUUCUUGAAGACUGCAGGGAUUUUCUAUGUGCCUUUAAUUUGUCCAGGCACUUCUGAUUUAGGCUGACUCGUAUUUCAGUCCAACCUUUUUCCAGCACCUUAGAACCAUACUUGAUUUUGAUGCACUCUAUCAUGAAACAAGAUUGAAGUAAUUAUUAAUAAGAUGUAAUUCUAAAUCAAAUUUGAUACAGUUACAUAAACAUCAUCAGUUUGUUUCGUCAAAUCUGGACGUUGAUGGAAUUGGUGGCAUAUUCAACAAAAUUGUUGUAUCAAUCUAAAACUUACUUUUAAUAAGGUUAAUUUUGGCCUGGUCAAGAGCAGUCUUCUUCCCUGAACCGCCAUCUUUGGGCUCAACACCACCCCCCUCAUCUGCUCAUCCGUAAAAAGAGCAGAGAGAAGAGAGGUGGCAUAGAGUUUUGGCUUCUUUUGUUUUGAAGAAUCUUCCGCGCUGGUAAGUAGGGACUCAUUCUUGGAAACCRGGCUGUUCUAAAGAUAUGUUAAUGUAGCAGUUAAUGGUGUGCAUCAAACAACAGUCAAAGACAUGACAUGUAGGUCAUGCUGGAUCCUUUCAUGGAUUGCAAUUGGAUCAAAUAUCAAGAGAAAUAUAUUAUUUUUUUAUUAAGUUGAAAUAAAUAGUCCAUCUGGUCAAGUUUUGUACUGUACUGUUAACUGUAUAAACAAUAAGCUCACCUCAAGCUUAACACCUGAURUUCCUGCUUGGUCUGGUCUUGAGUCAUUCACAUCAUCCAAAUGGAUAGGUGAGGAACAAGGUCUGGAUUUUAUUUGAGUGGCCAGUAAACCUUCAAUCUGUGCGAGCAUUUCAAAAAUCCUUUUGAGUUCUUCUCGCACAAAAGUUUCAAACUGUUCACUGACCACUUUCUUACCACUUUCUGAGGUUUCUUGUUGAGUAACCUGCUGAAGGAUUCAAUUUSGAAUKUAGAAGAAUGGUUUGCAAAUUACGUAUGAUMGUGGCGCAUAUUUCACAAAGAAAUUAUUACAUUUUCACAAWAAGUYRUACAUUUAAAAAAGUAACACGAAGUAAGCAUUAUAUUUUCGCACACAAGUAUUUUUGUCCGCUUUGGCGCGGCAUUUUCAAGAUAUCUAAUAUAUAAACAUCAGAGAAACARCAUAUUAAAUAGAGGUAUACCAUUGGUCAACCUCAGCGAACUUGUCAUCGAGUAUAUCUCGAAUUUCAGCCCUUGUAUUAGGGAUACUACCUCGCGAUCCCUUUUCAAAGGGCUUCUUGCGGCUUAGCCCUAUCAUUAGGGCCGUUCUUGCCAUAUGGAUCACAAAUGCCCUAAUAAAAGGGCAAUCGAUCCUUAAUCCCUAAUAUUAGGCUUUGGAGCUGAUCGGCCCUUACGACAGGGCAAAAAAGGUCGGGUCGGAUGUAGAUAUCGCAGUCGGAUUUAAGUCACGCAUUGUUAUUGACAAUUUAGAAGGAUCACCCAAGUGUAAACUUAAUGUGAAUGGACAAGCUGCAGACCUCAUUGCAAAGGGUCCAUCUGUGAAUUUUAAGAUCUUUAAUGGAAAAUUUGGAUGUAGCUAUUGUUUACACCCAGGAAAGAGACUUCCUGGACGGGGAAAUGUAAGAAUAUAUUUACCUGGUAAAUUUGAUUCAAGGAAUCAUGAAGAUUCUCUAUGUCAUGCUGAGCUUUGUUCUUUAACUGGAGAAGCUGUUUUUGGAAUUAAAUGGCCUUCGGUAGGACAUGAAAUCUUGGAAAUUCCAGAAAUGCUUUUGUUUGAUUAUAUGCACCAMGUUCUUGAGGGUGAAUACACCAGAAGCCUGACAAAGUGGUUAAAUGGGAAAUGUCCAAGUGAAGUCAAUCUAAAGAAUGACCAAGAAGCUAUCUCGCAUACUCUCUUUAAAAUCAAAUUGCCACAUGAUUUUAAACRUAAGUUUAGGCCUGUGGAAGAGUUUUCAAAGUUUUCAAGUUUUCAAGCUGGACUUCCAGUUUUGAAGUCAAUGCUUCCUACAGAUAUUUUUUACCAUCAUGCCCUUCUAGUAACAGGAAUAACUAUGCUCUGUGAGGAUACAAUAUCAGAAAAUGAUAUUUGUAUCGCUGAAGCCAUGAUUCAGAGCUAUACAAGGUUGCUUCCCACAUUGUAUUUCAGGCGAGAGUGCACUUUCAAUUCUCAUUCACUGAAUCAUCUGCCAGCACAAGUGAGAGCUCAUGGUCCACUCAUCCUCCACUCCACCUUCGUGUUUGAAUCUAUGCUGGCUCACCUGAAGCRUAUGUUUCAUGGUACCAGAGGUAUUCCAGAUCAGAUUUGUAAAAGACUUGCAAUUGCACAACAUUCUAAGCAGUACAUUAGAGAAAAUGUAAAUGGCAACACUGAAGCUUCUGAGUUUGGAAURYUUGGUUCUACAACAAGUUCACUAAAACUUAUAAAAGUUGAUAACAAUGUUCAAUUUUUUACUCCAAUGCUUCACUCAGUUCCACGUGUUGGUAAUCCAAUUGAAGGUUACUUUGAUGAUAAUCGAGAAGUGAGUGUAUCUCAAAGAAUGCUUAAAGGUGGCCAAGUCUAUCACAGUUUGUGCUACAAAAGGAAGGCAAAAUCUGCAAGCUAUUUGGUGAAAUAUAUGUCAGGAGAUGAUAUCUGUUUUGGAGAAGUUCAGUUCUUCCUUAAAGAUUGCAAUAACGAUGGUUAUGCUGUUGUAAGAGUCAUUGAAAACACACAUUGUAACAUCUGCUCACUUGGAAUUCCACCCCCAAGAGACCCAGUUGUGCAUACCUUUUUGGUCCUCUGGUUUCUUGRGACAUCAUUUUGUAGGAGUACGGUUUACAGCAAGAUUCAAACUAWUCAGAUGCUUGCAGAUUAAAGCACGAGUGGUUUUUGUUGAGAGUGAAGACACUGACAUUGAUGGAUAUGUUUCUGCUCUUUUAAAAAGCUAUCAGCAUGACUAAAUUUAGAUAUAAAGACAAUUCUUUUAAGCUUUGAAACAAACUUCAGGAAUGCAAUAGACURUCCUCAUACAAUAUAGUACUGUCAUGAUUUUACUAUAUUAUCAUUCAUUUGUCAUGACCUAUUUUGCAUUUGAUAAUUCAAUAAACAUUGUGGCUUCUUAGAUUAUUCUGUAGUCCUGCCCAUUUCUGUAUGUAAUUAUCAUGAAAUUAAAUUUAUUGUUUAUUCUUACCACAUUUUCCUUGUUCUCUGUCUAUACAUGAGCUAACAAGCAAUUUUCCCUUUGGCAAAGAAAUAAAGUUUUCACAAACCAGGAUAAAUAAAACACUCCAUUAAUGAAACCUCACAUUACAAUCAGUACUACAGGUAUAACCUAAUUAAAGAAACAUCGCACUUUAUGUCUCCAAUAUUAAUAAAAAUACUGAAUGUUUUAAUUCAUUAUUAUACCUAUUUCAAAUUUUCAGCUACAAAAAACUAUCAGCUAUAUACAUCAUAAGCAAAAUAAAGUUAAUAUGACAUAAACAUCUGUUAACAGAAAAAUGAGUGUGCCUGCUGUUAAUGUAUUUAAAACUUUUGUCUUGCUUAUUAACCAUCACUGUUUUAGGAUUGUGAUAUCUUGGGAUCAAGAUGCUAAUUGGAUUUAAAGAGCAAGAUCGAAAAAUACCAAUAAUAUAUUAACAGUGGCCACAUUUAUGUGAUAUGCUUUAAAAUGUCUCUUUCAAAAUUGCAGACAGGGGGCAUUUUGUAUGGACAUUUAAUGCCUAAAAUCAAGAAUUAGUAAAAUCCUGUUAUAAAAAAAGAUACAUAUGGAGGGAUAUGGAGGGUCAGGAAUCUAAUAAUUAAUGAUCUUUCAUAAUUUAACAACUACAACUGGGAUAUUUAUUAUUUUAUAUAGGAUCCUGUCUUCUCUUAGGAUCCUACAGUCAGGAUCCUGUUCAGGAUUUGAACAGGAUCCUAU